AGCCUGUGGACUAGGUGGGUUAGUUAGAUCCUACUGCGACUCCCCUCAGCCUGUGGACUAGGUGGGUUAGUUAGAUCCUAAUGCGACUCCCCUCAGCCUGUGGACUAGGUGGGUUAGUUAGAUCCUACUGCGACUCCCCUCAGCCUGUGGACUAGGUGGGUUAGUUAGAUCCUAAUGCGACUCCCCUCAGCCUGUGGACUAGGUGGGUUAGUUAGAUCCUACUGCGACUCCCCUCAGCCUGUGGACUAGGUGGGUUAGUUAGAUCCUAAUGCGACUCCCCUCAGCCUGUGGACUAGGUGGGUUAGUUAGAUCCUACUGCGACUCCCCUCAGCCUGUGGACUAGGUGGGUUAGUUAGAUCCUACUGCGACUUCCCUGUGGACUAUUAGGUCUAGGUGGGUUAGGCAGGACAGGGUGAGGCCAUGGCCAACUCAGCUCUGGAGAUCGUUGGCUUGUUGCUGUCUCUCAUCGGUCUGAUCGGGACGGCUGCCAGCACGGGGAUGCCCAUGUGGCGUGUGACGGCCUUCAUCGGCGAGAACAUCAUCGUGUUCGAGACACGCUACGAGGGUCUGUGGAUGAACUGCUUCAGACAGGCCAACAUCAGGAUGCAGUGUAAGGUGUACGACUCCCUCCUGGCUCUGCCUCCAGACCUGCAGGCGGCCAGGGGUCUGAUGUGCUGUGCCGUGGCCCUGGGAGGGGUUGGGCUGCUCAUCUCUCUCCUGGGGUUACAGUGCACCGCCUGCAUCCAGGACAACGACCGGGCCAAACGCACGGUGCUCAUCAUCGCCGGCAGCAUGAUCCUCGGGGCCUGCGUCUGCGUCAUCAUCCCAGUCUCCUGGACGGGUCACACUAUCAUCCGUGACUUCUACAACCCCCUGCUGAUCGAUGCCCAGCGCAGGGAGCUGGGAGAGGCUCUCUACAUCGGAUGGGUCUCCUCUGCCUUCCUCUUCGCCGGCGGUUGCAUGUUCUGCUGCUGUAACGUCAGAGAGGAUAAAAGGAAAGACAGGUACAUGUACUCCAGGAACAGCCCUAGUCAAUACAUGUCUUACCCCCCUCAGCCCCAGUACCAGCCCCAGUACCAGCCCCAGUACCAGCCCCAGUACCAGCCCCAGUACCAGCCCCAGCCCCAGCCCCAGCCCCAGCUCCAGAGGCAGCCGUCCAGUUACAGCUACCCCGGCUCCAACCACUACCCCUCCAGGUACCCCUCGGAACGCAGUGCUGAGGCAUACCUCUGAAUGUUGAGACUAAAGGGAGGGAAAGAGACUGGAGUUUAUACGGACUGGAGGAACAGCGACGGACCUGACCGAGAUGUGUUCUUAUCGGUACGGUUUGAAAUAAGCAUUUCAGUUGUUAAAAGAUGCAUUUCAGUUUUUAAAACAAUGCAUAUCAGCUUAAGUAAGAGACUAAAUGAUGGAAUAAACUGUGAACUCACAAAGAGAGGAUUUGGAGGAACACUUAAUUGUAAAAUUAUCAUCAGAUGCAUUUCAGUUGAGAAAAAAAUUGUCUAUUGGAUUUGUUUGUAAGAAAGCUGUUUAAAGAUACUAAAUACACUUAUUAUAGAUUAACCGUGAACUCAGAAAGAGAGGACUUUGAGGGACCCUUAAUCCUAAAAAUUAUCCCUUGUUUCAAGUUUUUAUAUGCUCAUAUUUGUACUUUGUGUUGGUGGGGUCUAUAAGCACAUGUUUUUAUAGUGAUUAUUUGUGUAAAUAUAUUUACAAAUCGUUUUGAUGUGGUUGUGUGCUCUGUGCAGUAAAUGUAGGUCCUUACACAUAAUGCCCCCUUAGUUAAAUCAGGUGUUACGUAAUAUGUAGCUUUUAUAAUGUAAAAAAAAACUAUUAUCAUUUUGCGUCCCAAAUGACACCCUAUUCCCUAUUUAGUGCACUACUUUUGACCAGGGCCCAUAGGGGUUUAGGUUGCCAUUUGGGACGCAACCGGUGUCCUUUAUUUUUGUUAUUUCAUUCAUAAAGUAUCUGGUUAGACAAAAAUCAUCUCCCAUUUUAAAGAUAUGUAGCUGACUGUGUGCUGUAAAUAGACAUCCUGCUAAUGUGUUGGAGAACAACAGCACAGGGCUGGCUUUGUUCCAUUGGUCCCCCCCCCCCUUGACAAAGGUCCCCCUUGACAACAUCAACAAACUACAAAACAUUCCUGUUUCUGUUAAAACGCCUGUGUUGUUACUGCCAUUGUGUGAAGGAUUGGUAGUAGACAAACAGGGACGGUAAUGUGUUGUAAUAUUAUCCACCUGGGGAGACUCUAUCUCAAAUGGCACCCUGAUCUCUAAACAUAGUGCACUACUUUUGUCCAGAGCCCUAUGGGCCCUUGUCAAAAGUAGGGCACUAUGUAGGGAAUAGGGUGCCAUUUGGGAUGCAUCCUCUCUGUGCUGACAGCCUGUAGCACAUCGGGACUGAUGGAAGUAAACACGAGGCUGGUUGUUGAAGGUGUGGACCCAGGAGCAGUAGGGUGGAACAGAGGACUUCUGUUAAAACAAACAAAAAAAUGGACUAGAACUAGGGCUGGGUUCAAUCCCUACAGCAGCAUUGUAUCGUGACUGAAAGGCAAUGUUUCCGCAUUCACAAAUAUGUUAUUCACGGUAAAUGCUGCAUACCCCCACGGGGGGGUCAGUAUGAAAAAUGUAUGCACUCACUAAUUGUAAGUCGC